CCGCGACAACCCGGGCGGACCCCGCCUCUACUCAGCCUCUCCUCCCGGUGUCCCUCGCGCUGCCCUUCCCAGCCAAGAUGGCGGCGCCCAUGGUGGUGCGAGUCGGGUGCCGCCGGGCCGCGGGUCUUUGCGGGGGCCUCUCGCGGCGGAUCCAUCACCAGCCGCAGCGGGCUCCGGCCGCCAAGGGGCUGCUGGCGGCGCAGUGCGAGCGGGGCCUGUUCCAGGAGGUGUUCCCGGCGCAGCGCGCGGAGGAAGGGCUGCCCGCCCUGCUGGAGCCGGGCCAGCCCCCGCAGACCGUUUACUGCGGCUUCGACGCCACGGCCGACUCGCUGCACGUCGGCCACCUGCUAACCGUCAUGGGCCUGCUGCACUUUCAGCGCGCGGGGCACAACGUCAUCGCCCUGGUAGGCGGGGCCACCGCCCGCCUGGGCGACCCCAGCGGCCGCACCAAGGAGCGCGAGCCGCUGUCGGAGGAGCUCGCGCGGGAGCACGCGCUGGGCCUGCGCGAGGGGCUGCGGAGGCUCUUCGACAACCACCGCCAGGUGUUCUGGCCCGCGGUGGGCGGCGCGCGGUUGGGCGAGGUGAUGCUGCAGGACAACGCGUGGUGGCUGGGGCGCGAGCCGAUGGUGGGCUUCCUGUGCGGGGUCGGGGGGCGCCUGCGCAUGGGCACCCUGCUCAGCAGGCAGAGCUGCCAGGCUCGGCUCCGCAGCGCCGAGGGCAUGAGCCUGGCCGAGUUCCUCUACCCGGCCCUGCAGGCCUACGACUUCCUGCACCUGCACCAACACCACGGCUGUCGCAUCCAGCUCGGGGGAGCUGACCAGAUGGGCAACAUCAUGUCCGGAUAUGAACUUGUCACUAAAGUGACGGGAGAAGAUGUGUUUGGAAUCACUGUGCCUCUUAUUACCAGUACCACUGGAGAUAAAUUGGGAAAGUCUGCUGGUAAUGCAGUUUGGCUAAACAGAGAUAAGACCUCUCCAUUUGAGCUGUAUCAGUUUUUUGUUAGACAGCCAGAUAGCACCGUUGAAAGGUACCUGAAACUCUUCACUUUCCUUCCUCUUCUGGAGAUUGAGCACAUGAUGGAAAUGCAUGCUAAAGAACCUGAAAAGUGGGGACCUCAAAAACGACUUGCUGCAGAAGUAACUAAGCUUGUUCAUGGAAAAGAAGGUCUGGAGUCUGCUAAAAGAUGUACAAAAGCACUGUAUUACAGUAAUGUGGAGGCACUGGAGGCUAUGUCUGACCAAGAAUUACAGGAACUUUUCAGAGAAGCUCCAUUUGCUGAAUUGUUGCUUGAACCUGGAAUGAGUGUACUUGACCUGUGUCACAAAGCAAAUGCCAUUCCAGAUGGACCUAGUGGGUACCGGAAGAUUACAGAUGGUGGAGUCUCUAUAAACUACAUUCAAGUAACUAAUCCUGAAACUGUUCUUGUUAUUGGGCAACAUAUCCUCAAGAAUGGAGUGUCACUACUUAAGAUUGGAAAGAAAAACUUCUACAUUAUAAAAUGGCUGCAGUUAUGACAAAAGGAAAUACCUAAUUAAAAUAAGAUACACCGUCACACUAAAUUUCCCAAAGCCUCUCUUACCUUGUCCUUUCUAUAUUGUGCAUAUUGCACUUCGCACAAGAGCAUAGUGUUUGUCUCAUUCUUCUCACAAUGUGAGAUUCUACCUAAUACGUGGUUCAAAUAAAAGCAGCUAAAUUUAUGAAGAUGGA